GGGAGUGAGUUGCAAUAGAGCCCCCACUAUAAAAAUAAGAAAGAUGAAAACGAUGAGAUUAUCUGCAACGGAGGAGGAAAAAAUGGCGAGGUUUUCCGUCGGAGGAGAUGAAGACGGAAAUGAAGACAGACCCAGCAACAAUAGACCCUUGCCCAAGAAACCCAGAAUUUCCAGUACCAGUUUUGUUUCCCUAAACAGGCCCAGCGCCGACGCCAACGCCUCUAAUUCCGGCGACCGCGCCACCAUCUCCACAUCGACUGCUCCUCCGCCUGAAUUGGACCAAGACCGCACGCCGGAGGGGUCGGUUUCGGCAGAGGAAGAAUCUGAAGGGGAAAGUGUUGGGGAAUCGGACAAUUCGUGGUCUGGUUCCUCUUCGGAAGAGGAAUCAGAAGAAGGAGAAGAUGAACAGCAAAAUCAACGGAGCGGAGACGAGGUACAACCCACUGAAGCACGAAUAGACGCGACCCCAGGUGAAAAUGGUGCGUGCACUGACUCGGGCGGGCCUAGUGGGCCCAUUUCUGUGACCCUGACGGACCCGGACGUGCUGGAUUGCCCCAUUUGCUUUGAACCUCUUUGCUCCCCAGUGUAUCAGUGUGAGAAUGGGCAUAUAGCAUGUGGAUCAUGCUGUACCAGAAUGAGGAACAAAUGUGCAAGUUGCUGCUGGCCAAUUGGUUACAACCGUUGCAGGGCUAUUGAGAAGGUUCUUGAAUCGGUCAAAAUCACAUGUCGGAACAUGCCGCAUGGUUGCAAGGAGACAUUAAGUUACAGUAAAAAACUUGCUCAUGAGAAGACAUGCAAUUAUGCUCCUUGUUCAUGCCCUCAUCCUGGGUGCAACUAUGUUGGCGUCUGCAAAUCCUUGUACGCACACUUUGCUCUCCAACAUUCACAUUCUUCCAAACAAUUCCGUUUCAACUCUGCCACCUCCAUCUUAUUGGACACUAAUCAGAACCAUGUUAUUCUACAAGAAAGGAGCCACAGUAUGCUUUUUAUCCUUAAUCGUUCUAUCGAGUCUCGUGGAAGUUUUGUCAAUGUUGUUUGUGUUGCACCAGCUUCUGCAGAGAGAGCUUUCUUGUAUGAUCUUACAGCAACUGUUGGAGAGAGCUCAAUAAAACUAAGAACUUGGGCAGAUUGUGUGCCAAAAUGGAUGGCAGACCCUCCUGCAAAAAUGUAUCUUUUUGUUCCUAGAGAUUUUAUGAGUGGACAGCUCACAUUGAAACUUAGCAUAUGGCGGGACAUCUCAUUUGCCAUUUGACAUUUCCAGUUUGCUCUUCUUUAGACCCCAUAGUAAUUAUACAUAUCUAUCAGGACCGGUUUCAUAUGUAAUUUCAUUGUAACAUUAUUGUACUCUAGUUCGAUGAACUUUUGUGAUACUCAAUUUGUGACUUUGGUUGAUCUUCCUCACUGGAUUGCUUCCACUUUGGACCUUGGUGGUUUUCGUGUUGUUCUGUUCAUGUGUUAUUCGAGGUGUGCCCGAUUCUUUGGCU